UGUUUAAGAUCAGUCGAUAUAUGAUGAUGUUUGUUGUUUGGAUAGCACUUUUAAUGUCAGAAACGCAUGUCGAAGCUGUAGACUUGGCAUCACCUGAAGUUUUUGACCCUGUUUUUUAUUCUAACAAUCACCAUCAAGUGAUUUCCCAUUCUGUAAAUACACCGGAAGCUGUGAAACAACACUGGCUUACGCAUGGCAUAGAUGCUGGAUGGCAGGGAUCUGGACAGUUUCAUUCAAAAGAGUACAUUGCAAGGUAUCCCGAUCUCCAAAAAGCUUUUGGAAAUAAUUAUAGAGCCGCCAUUCAGCAUUAUCUGACGUUUCACAGCUCUGAACACCGUAAUGGAUUAUCAACUAGUAACAAUUUCGAAGGCCGCUGGACUGUAUCAAAUCAUGGAAUAUAUAUCGGUUCCUCUACACGAACAGGUGGCGCAGUGGACAGUCUUACAUGGAACAAUAAAGAAUUUAUCAACUCUUGGGAUCACGGGCGUCAGAUGCAGAUGGCAUGCAACACCAACAAAUACACCGAGUGUUAUAACCCUACAGAAGCUGGUGGUGCUUGUGACGCCGCACUCCAAACAACCCACACUCAUAUAGAUUGGGUUCAUGUUCAUGGAAAUGUUAUGGAAAGCAUGGUUCAUCCAGCUUUUUGGAAGCCAGUUAAGCCUACAGCAGGAACUCACUAUGAUUGUAAUUAUGGACGAUUAUGUCCUGCACACCACGGCUACCACACAACAUACGACUAUCCUUUCCACAAAAAGAUAACAAUAGGAACACAUGAAAUAAAUAAUUGUUUUGAAUUUGUAUCAAAUUUUACAAUAGGAGGAAACUGGCCUCAAGACGAAUUGUUUAUUCAGAUGGAAUCACCUGCAGUUUACCUGACCUACGAAUUUUCAAAACAAUUCACAUUUAAUCCAUCUACAAGGCUUGCUGAAAAUUAUCAUGAUAAACAUUUACCAGUUAUUCGAUCGACUCCAGACCAUAAUUAUGCACUUGGAGCGUAUACCCCAACAGGGCAGGAUACAGAUAUACAUGAAAAUUACGACAGCCAUUUCUACAAAAGUACAAAUUUCGCUAGUACAACUUCAAAAUUCAAUGUUAUUUUCUAUAAGAGACCUCAUGGUACAGGAGUUCAUCGAUAUGUCUACAGAACAUACUUCUGCGUCGGAACCUUAAAUGACGUCACUAGUUGUUUACAUAAGAUUAUGACGGCUGUUCCAAAAUAAAAUGAUGCUGGAUGUUAAAUAAAGAGUUCAUGGAUCUAUUUCUUUUAUUUCAACUGCUCAAUAAAACCAGUCUUCAAUGAAAUGAUGUAAAUAAAUGUAUGAAAAAGUAUAAGACGAGACAAAAUAAAACAAACAAAAUAUCAAGUCCUGAAAGAGAGUCAAACGAUGUCAAGCACUAAAUAGCUUCAAGGCAAGACAAAAAAAAAAAACCCUAAAAAUCUGACAUUCAUUUGUAUCAUACGGGUAGUAACGUCGUCAUAUCGAUGAUCGCUUAGUACAGUGAUUUUGUCAUAGUUUGUUAAAGUUGCACAUGAUUGUGUUAAGUGUUUUUAAUGUACAAACAAUGACACAAUAUACACAUUCGGAUUUUUUGCUAAAGGAACUUCUGAACAUAAAUUCAAGCAGGUAAGUAUCUUUGUUUAUGGCUAAUAUGCUAAAUUGAUAAUUCGUUUCUUAUGCAUAAAUAAAAGUGAUUUGUC